GGAGCAGGAGGAGGAGGAGGAGGAGAAGGAGGAGGACGGAGGAAGGAGCCUCCCGGCCCCCAGGCUGUGCUGCUGCCGGCUCCCCGCCGUGGGAACCGGCGCUGCGUGCCCGUAGGAGUGAGAACCGAUCCCGGUCCCGGAAGAAGCAUCCAGCACUCACCCAGCGCUGCAGUGACAGCAGUGUGUGCCAUCCACCCCAGUGUGAGACGGAGCCAACAGAAGGAGGUCAACGAUGCAGUUCUUAGCCUGGUUCAAAUUGCUGCUUCUCCUUCCGUGUUUCAGUGCCACCAAAACCUGCUUCCCUGGCUGCCACUGUGAAGUGGAAAGCUUUGGUCUCUUUGACAGCUUUAGCCUGACCAAGGUGGACUGCAGCGGAAUAGGCUCACACAUUGUUCCUGUCCCAAUCCCUCUGGAUACCUCCUACUUGGAUCUGUCCUCAAACAAACUGGAAACAAUCAAUGAAUCAAUGCUAACUGGCCCUGGAUACACCACCCUGGUGAGCCUCGACCUGAGCUACAAUAAUAUCGCCAAGAUUUCCUCCACAACUUUCUCCAGGCUUCGCUACCUGGAGUCUUUGGAUCUGAGUCAUAACUCUCUGGAAGUCCUUCCAGAGGACUGCUUCUCCAGUUCUCCUUUGGGUGACAUAGAUUUGAGCAAUAACAAGCUUUUGGAUAUAGCGAUGGACGUUUUUGCUUCAAAGGGUCAAGGAAAACCCUUGAAUGUGGAUCUAUCCAAUAACAUGCUCAGCAAAAUUACAAGGAACCAUGAAAAGAGCGUCCCCAACAUCCAGAACUUAAAUCUUUCUGGAAACAGACUAACAACUGUGCCAAAUCUCCAAGGCAUUCCUCUUCGAUACUUAAAUCUUGAUGGCAAUCCACUAGCCAAGACUGAGAAAGGAGACUUCAAGGGGCUGAAAGGUUUGAUUCAUUUAUCCCUCAGUGGCCUCCAUAACUUUAGAGAGUUAUCUCCUUACAGUUUCAAGGAAUUACCAGCCCUCCAAGUUCUGGAUUUAUCCAACAAUCCCAACCUGAGGUCAUUGACUGCUGAAGUUAUCUUUGGCCUGAGCUCUAUACAAGAGCUCAACCUCUCUGGGACCGGCGUGUCCUCCUUGCCAAAGACUGUGCUGAAAUACCUACCUUCCCUCAAAAGCAUCACCCUGAGGAAGAACAUUCAGUGUUUUAAGACCAUCAAAGAAGGACAGUACCACCGACAAAUUGGGCUGACCAAAAAAGAGGUCCUCAGCUGCCACGACAGCCAUGGGGCCGUAGCAGCAGCGCCUUACGUUUUGUGAUGAAAGAGAGAGAUGGGGAAAGUUGGAGUGGGAGGGUGGGGGGGCUGUGGGGUUUGCACAGGUGUUGGACUGAGCUGGCUUGCAGUGUGCCUUUUGUAAAGCUGUCAAUAAUUUAUAUAUUUGUAUAUGCCAAUACUUGAUUGAUUGUGGGUUUUAUACACUUGCAAAUCCUCACUUGCAGGCCCCAGAUUCUACCCGGUGUGUUUGGGGCUGCAUAGCUCAAGAACAGUGCUGAUGGACACUGAGGACCAAGCUGAGGCUUGGGGCAGAAGAGCUGCUGUGAUGCAAAACUCCACGCCCCGGAGACCGGUCUGCAGGUGCAAAGAUACACCUCUUCAAAGUGCAUCCCAAAACCUGCCAACUCCGUAGCUGUUGGCUUCCAAACCCAUUCUUCAUCCCUGUUUUUAAUUAUUAUUCCCCAAGAAGUGCCUUCUGGAUGUUGCCUUCAUUAGCAGCACCCUGUUCCUUGUCAUGCACUUUCAGUCUGAAGAAACAUUUCCAGACAAACCUGAACACAGCAUGCUCCUAAUGUGCUGGUUUUCACAUGAUAUUUGCAUUGAUGUGCAGUGAACACUGAGUAAGUAGAGAGUUUUCCACUCUUUUCUCCCUGUUUUCCCCACCUUGAUUCUUUGUAUGUCAGAUUACUUUAGGUCUAGCCUUGGCAACCUCCCAUCUGUAUGACAUUAGUGAGGUAUUGAUACAUUGCAAAGGAGGAGAAGCAUCUCACCCAGGAACCAGCUUUCAUCAAGCAAAUUGACUGAGAGACCACAUAGCCAAGCUUUAAAUGAAAAAACAAUUCCCUCUUUCCUUUCUGGGUAAACUUGGAA